AAAACCAGAGACAUUAAAGAAAAUGUCUACUGCAAAAUAGGUGAUCCACUGUCUCCUUUUCCUUGGUGCACAUUAUACAGGUGAGGAUUACAUGAAGGCAAAUCAUGGCCUGGCAGAGAGUUCAAAAUUUCUAAGGCUAGAUCAGUUUUUAUGGGGUUAUCCUCUCCCAAAAGCCCAAGACGAUGAUGGCGCUGGAGCCCUGCCUCAAAACAUUGAUAACUUGAAUUCUGGCCCGACUCCCGACAUUACGACAUCUUCCAAGGCCAAUGUAUUUCCAUCUUCAGAUUAUUGGCUGACUGCUGGAAAAGAUGCAAAAGAGUAUGUUUCCAGUGAUUCAGUGGCAAGUACUACAACAUGUGUGAGGGGCGGUGUUGGUGAAAGAGUAAAUGAUGAAUAAGAUUCUAACUCUAACUAUUCAUUGUAAAGCUCGUGUGAUCUCUACUACCUAGGUUCAAAGGUUAUGGAAUGUUCUUGGUGAUAGAGACCCAAAUUUGACUGUCAUAUCGUUAAUCAGUAUAAGCUUGACAAAGAGGAUGAUUUGACUUCAAGAGUUUAACAAAGAAAGGCCCCUUCACUUGAAAUGUGUGUUACACUCGUUUCAGAUACCGAAUUCAAUCAUUCAUGAGGUGAUGGAGUCUUCUUGGUGAUAGAGACCCAUAUUCGACUGUAAUCGCGAUAAUCAGAACGUGGUCCACAGUCGUUCUCUGCAAUCCAGACAAUUUGCUGAGAUGUGAGCCGUUUUAGGAUUUUCAAAGAGGAGCCUCCAUUUGCAUUUGGCAGAUUCCAUCUCUUCCACUGGCAUCUCACACCCAUCCCAUAGCGUAUUAAGUUUAGAGCAACUUAAAACGGGAAAUUACUCCUCCAAAAAUGAAAAGCGCACUAUGCUUUUUAAAAUUUGAAACGAUAAUGGGAAGAUAUUUUCAAAGGAAGCCAUAUGCUCCUGUAUGUGUGAUCCGAUCAACUGUGUUUCUCCCACCCACACAACAAACUUCAGCAAUAUGGGGAGUGCAAGACAGAACGGCGUGGACCUCCGACUUGAAGAAACGGGGUGAGGAAGAAAGGGAGCACAUGAUUGAUUUUAAACCAACUUGGACAUGGCUCUGGCUACACAUGAUUUGUGGUUGUGGUUAUCAUCUUCUUUACAAAUCGCUACGGACAUUACAAAUAAUAGUGGGACUAUUCCAUACGAAGAACUGAAAUCUAGGUAGGUUGGGCUCGGUUCCAAACUAUCUAAAGUUGACGUCAAGCAACUUUUGGAAGCCGUAGAAUGCCAAUGAACAGAUUGCGCCUUU